AUGACUUCUCAAUCUCCAGUUCUUCAUUCGGGAAUCGUUAAACAGAUCCUUUCUGGUGAUGCAGUGGUAAUCAGAGGUCAGCCUCAUGGUGGUCCACCAAAAGAGAGAACAAUAUGUCUCUCAAAUAUAACAGCCCCCAGAUUAGCAAGGCGAGCCAAUCCAAAAGAAACCAAGGAUGAGCCAUAUGCAUGGGAAGCCCGUGAAUAUCUUCGCAAAAGACUCAUUGGUCGAGAAGUCACUUUUACUGUAGAAUAUACGGUUCCUGGUACAAAUCGGGAAUAUGGUUGUAUUUACCUUGGCACUGAUGGCAACAAGGAGAAUAUGACUGAGUGCUUAAUCUCGGAAGGUUUAGUUGAAGUGAGACGCGGUGGACUUAAACCUACAGAUGAAGGCCAACAAAAGCUGGUUCAGUUGGAGGAGACAGCAAAAUCUUCUGGUCGUGGCAAGUGGUCAAACGACUCAGUUAAUGACCAUAUCAGAAAUAUCACGUGGAUUAUUGACAAUCCACGCAAUUUUGUUGACUCACAUCACAACAAACCAAUUGAUGCGGUGAUUGAACAUGUUCGUGAUGGCUGUACUGUACGGGCUUUCCUUCUUCCUAGUUUUGAAUAUGUUACAGUUAUGUUGUCUGGAAUAAAAGCUCCAAUGUUCAAGAUGGAAGGAGACCAACAAGUACCUGAAGAAUUUGCUGAAGAAGCAAAAUAUUUUACAGAAUCCAGGUUACUACAGAGAGAUGUGAAAAUCAUUCUUGAAGGAGCAUCUAAUCAAAACUUCCUUGGCACUGUUUUACAUCCAAAAGGGAACAUCACAGAAUUAUUAUUGAAUGAAGGCUUCGCUCGUUGUGUUGACUGGAGUAUGGGAGUUGUAACAAGUGGCACUGAAAAGUACAGAGGUGCUGAAAAGAGAGCAAAAGAAAAACGCCUCAGAAUCUGGAGGGAUUACAAACCUUCAGGUGUGGCUAUUGAUGCAAAGAACAAGAGUUUUACAGCUAAAGUUGUUGAAAUUGUCAAUGGAGAUGCCAUGUUUGUCAAGUCUUCAGAUGGUACAAUUAAGAAAAUCUUUCUUGCAAGUAUUCGGCCGCCCAGGCUUGCUUCAGAAAAUAAUGAAAAUGCACCCCCAAAUAUAAUGAAAGAUUCUAAUAGACGUGUUAGGCCACUUUAUGAUAUUCCAUACAUGUUUGAAGCUAGAGAAUUCAUGCGAAAAAAACUGAUUGGUAAAAAAGUGAGUGUGCAAAUUGAUUAUAUCCAACCUGCAUCAGGUAACUUUCCAGAAAAGACUUGUGCAACAGUGACAAGUGGAAAUAUCAAUGUAGCUGAAACCCUUGUUAGUAAGGGCCUUGCUUAUGUGAUUCGGUAUCGACAAGAUGACGACCAACGUUCUUCCCAUUAUGAUGAGUUACUUAGUGCAGAAUCAAGGGCUCAAAAGAAAGGUCUUGGUGUUCACUCCAAGAAAGAACCACCAAUUCACAGAGUUGCAGAUCUUUCUGGUGAUGUAGCAAAAUCCAAACAAUUUUUGCCUUUCUUGCAACGUGCUGGUCGAUCAGAGGCUGUUGUUGAAUUUGUGGCCAGUGGAUCCCGCCUCCGGUUAUUCAUCCCCAGAGAGACUUGCCUCAUAACAUUCCUGAUCUCUGGUAUUGAUUGUCCCCGAGGCUCUCGACCCGCACCUGGUGGUGGUCCUCAAAUUCCGUCAGAUCCUUAUGGUGAGGAAGCAUUGAUGUUUACAAAAGAAUUGUGUAUCCAAAGAGAAGUUGAAGUUGAAGUUGAAACUAUAGACAAAGGUGGAAAUUUUAUAGGCUGGCUGUAUGUGGACAGCACCAACUUGUCUAUAGCCCUUGUUGAAGAAGGUUUAGCUAAAGUACACUUUACAGCUGAACGUAGUUCACAUUACAAAGCUUUGGUUGAAGCAGAAACAAAAGCCAGAGACAUUAAAAAAAAUAUUUGGUCCACUUAUGAAGAACCUAAACAAGAACAAGUUGUGGAAGAACCUCUUGAGCGAAAAAUAAAUUAUCGCAAUGUAGUUGUUACAGAAGUAAUGAAUGAUUUGAAAUUUUAUGGUCAAUAUGUUGAAAAUGGUCCACAGCUCGUUGAGAUGAUGGAGCAACUCAGGAAAGACCUUGAAAGUAACCCUCCUGUGCCAGGCUCAUAUACACCACGGAAAGGUGAUCUCUGUGCUGCCAAAUUUUCUUUAGAUAAUCAGUGGUACAGAGCAAAAAUUGAAAAAGUCGUAAAUGGAAAAGGAUCAGUCUUGUACAUUGAUUAUGGAAAUCGGGAAGAAGUUCCACUUACAAUGAUGACUGCUUUGCCACCAUAUUUCCAGUCCAUAUCUGCAAAAGCCACUUUAUUUGCAUUGGCCUGUCUCACUCCACCUGAUGAUGGAGAUGCCAGGCAAGAAGCAGUUGAUGCUUUAAAUCAUGAGAUUCUGGGCAAGCAGAUGGUGGUGAAUUCUGAAUACAAGGCUAAUGGCAUUGAUUACGUCACUUGUCUGCUGGGAGAAUCUCAAGAAGAUGUGGGACUCAGUCUGAUCAGUGACGGUUUGGUUUUGGCAGAGUUGCGUAAAGAAAAGCGUCUCAACAAGCUGGUUGCAACGUAUAAAAAUGCACAGGAAAAGGCUAAAUCAGCCAGGCAAAACCUGUGGCGCUAUGGAGACUUCACUGAAGAUGAUGCCAGAGAAUUUGGUUGA